AUAUAAGUUAGUAAUUGCGCGUUAAUUUUAUGAACAAAACCUUUGACUAUAAGUAUCUCAUACAUUACAUUUAGGUGUUUUCACUUUUAGCUAGUUAUCUAGCUAUUUGUAACCGUUAUAGUGGGAGCAUCGCACGGUCGCACUGAGUCACAUAGUCCUCAAGCGAGCACGGUCACACCUAAACGACGUAGCUGGAGAAGAUCAUCAAUUGCAGCGCAGGAGAGGAGUGGCAGUUGGUGACGAAGAGAUCGAUCUCAUCCAAUUCUGAGCAGGAGCGGUCGGAACCAUGACGAUGGACGCCACCGCCCUGCCGUCGGAGCUGCUCGUGACCCCGCAGCCGCUGGUUGGCUUCUGUGGGCUGGACACCGCCCGGGUGUCGGUGCACAAGGCCGUUUGGGAGGCGUUCAGCGGGAGCUUGCAGCGCAAGGCCGCCGACCGGGCCGCCGUGCAGUAUAAGCUGCUGCCCCCAAACUAUGAGUUCCCGGUGGCCAAACCCAAGCGAGCAUCCUACGAGUGGUACCACCCGAAGGGCAUACUCAAGCGGAACUGGAUGCUGAAGCACCUGCACGUCCUGCCGUCGGUGGUGGUGCUGUUCCAAGAUAUGGAGUGGAAUGACCUUCAGUGGACGGAAAAGCAGGUGCAGUGUGCGGCAAUCGUGCAGGCCCUCAAGAACGCCCUGCAAGAAAGAAAUACCCGGCUGUGUCUAGUGCUGCUGCAAAGGGCAGCGCCGCUCCCACCUGGCGAAGAUCUCCUGGCCGCAGAGCGAGCGGCCAGUCUGACAAACGCUUGUGGAAUAACCAGCAAGAUGCUGUUCAUUCUCCCGCAUACAGAGCAUCUCACAGGCUACGCCCUGCGAUUGGAGUCGGCCUUCCUCGAUAUGGCACAAUCCUAUUACGCCCUCAUGUCCAAGCGGAUUCGGAACCAUCGAGAUCAGCUGACGGCGGCUCACACAUCGUUGAAGAUCCGACACCAGUUCAAAUUGGGGUUCGUGGCGGAGAUGCGGCAGGACUUCAGCACUGGACAAAAGUAUGUCCUUUACGCAUUUUCUUGUCUAUUUAACUAUUCUGCAUUUGUUCGCAGGCACUAUUUCCAAGCCUAUGCAAAUCUGGACGAGAUACGCAUCAAUGACGGUAAUUGCCUGGAGAUUAAGACUCUGGCAGGAUUUUUGAACUAUAAGAUCUGUCGGCUUAUGUUUAAGCUGAAGACUCCCAGGGAUGCCAUUAACCAGUUCAUCAUCCAUGUGGAUAAAUACAAGUCUCGAGUGGGUUUCAAAGAUCUGGCUUUUGAGCAUCAUGCCUGGUUAAGCACGCAACAUUCCGUAUUCGCUGAGCUCUUUUGCGAGGCCAUCAAGAACGGACUGCCCGCCCUACAGACUCAACAUCCUGGAAUCUAUUACCAUAAAGCAGCUGAAUUCGUGAUGAAGCGACGGGAUGCAGCUCUGGAGGCGUAUGCUGCGAUGCAAGCCUCUUCAGAAGCUACACCUACACCGAUUCAGAAUCCGUUGUCACUGUACACAGAGUUUUUCGGAAUCCGUGCGGUAAAGACGGGCGAUCUGGUGGCCGAGCAACAAGCCAAUAUGCAGUUAUGUGAUCAGGAGCGCAGCUAUAACCAUUCAGCGGGAAUCAUAGCCCUGCUCAGCCAGGCCAUGGCCCAGUUCAAAAUUUACAAGUGCCUCAGGUUUCGAAAGAAACUAGCUAUCGAUAUGGCAGAGGAGUACCUCAAGAGCGGGGAUCAUGCCAAGGCUUUGACUUUGUAUUCCCUAAUGCUGCCCGAUUAUCGUCAAGAGAAAUGGGCUACGAUAUUCACUGAUGUUUUGCUUAAAACACUCCGUUGUGCGCUGCUCUCGGGAUCUGUAGCCGACUACAUUGCCUGCAGCCUUGAAGCAUUGUCUCUGCGCCAUCAAUCCGAGCAGUCGGAGCGAAUUCUGAUACUGGAGAACCUUUGGCAGGUGUUUCAAGGCGUGCCACCCAUGCCGAAAACUCAGUUGACACCCGAGGCGCAGACGUUGUGGACUAGUGCGCUGUCCAAUGUGAAAUCGCCCAUACAAAUUGAUUUAGAUAAGGUCAACGAUGUGGUGGAAAUGUGUGCCACAUUCGAGCGGGUUCAGUUGAACAACGACGAUUUGCUGCAGUUGCAACUGAUAGUGCGUGUGCUCACGGAUGUUCCUUUGAGGAUACGCAGCUUCCAUGUCAUUCUGGCCGAUGCGGGAAAUCCCCAGAACAGCUACAAACUGGAGGCACUCAAGUAUUUUUGCUUUCCCACCCUCACACAGCUACGUGGCCAAAAGCAGCCGGAUGAUGAGCAACUGGAGAAUCAGCCACAAGAGCCCAAAAACUUUGAAAAGAAUAUGAGAUUGGAGCCCGGCUCCUACUACCAGCUUUUCUGCAGCACCGAAGCGCAGCAGUUCCACGAGAACACUCAACUGCGCAUUGUCCGACUGGAGGCCCACAUGGGCACUGACCAGGUAGCCGCCCUUCUCACGUGCAGCUCCAACUACUCACGGCAUCUGUUCCGACAUCACACGCGCAGCCGCGAUCUCGAUGACAACGUGACGAUCAAUCCCGUUUGCUACAUUGCGCCCACCUUUCAUCUGGACACGCAAACGAACCUUGGCCAUGGACAUGAUAACGGUUUGACUGAUGGCAAGGAAGUGGUGGCUACAAAAAUGCUGGUCAACGAAUACUUUCCUGUUGUGACCACUGUCAGCAAUCCAUACAAUGUUUAUCUGCAGAAUGUGGGCGUGCACAUUAGUAUUCCCGUGGGUCUGCGAAAUAGUGUAUUCCUCACCACGGACAUCUCACCGGGACGCCAAAAACUGCACUCUCAGAUCCAAAUAGACGUGGGUGAGCUGUCGGCCCACGGGAGCAACACGGCCACCUUCUACAUCUUCAGCCUGACGGAGGCGGAAAUAAAGCUGGCACAGAGGUUAAGCUACACUUUGGAUGUGGAUCGCGGUCCAGGUGGAGGUAGCAGCAAUGCCCGGGUGAGCACAGCUCCGAACAGCUCAGAGUCUACGCCCGAUCACGAGGUGAAGAGUGUAAUCCCGAGCGUAGCUGCCAUUUCCCCGGUGCAGAUCGAGUAUCUGGACGAGACGCGGUUGAGAAAGUCACGAGAGGAUACGCUCACUGUGCGAUGCUAUGGCGACUUCAAGUUCACCGCACGCUUCUACACGAUGGACAGGAAGCCUUUGAACCAGGUGUAUCGUGGCGAGAACUUUUUGCUCAGGGCCAACACGGAAGUGGUGGCCGUGGACGAUGUGGAGAUACUAGACAGCUUCUUUAUAUGUGAUCACAACCUAGUGCAAUCAAACUACAGCUUUAAGCAAAAGAAAUACACCAACAAGUACAGCGCCGGAGAGCAACUGGAAAGCGUGAUAGUCCUCCGAACGAAUGCCACUCUGCGGGACUGGACGACUGCCCGAGAUCUGGAUCACCGCGGCAAGUUGGAGGGCAAGGCGGUGACUAGUAAGUUUAUCAGGACCGUACCUAAACCCUCCUCAGAGGAGCCUCUCGCUCCCACACCGCCAGCCGGAAUUAGUGCCUACAUGAGCAAGAGUCUGGUGACCAAGAUACCCACUACCAUGACCAUUAUAAACAGCAACUCGGCUGUGUCCAAUGCCCUGCAGGUGGCCAAUGCGGGAGUGAUGAGCAACUCGAUGCAGUCGGAUGAUGUGAAUGUGGCUGAGGAAGCAAUAAAUACCCAAGAGGGAAUCAAAACCACACGACUCAUAUACAACAAGGCUUUGGAAGCCGUCCAGGGCACGGGACACUGCCGCGGCUUCAUCAAGGGAAUCUACACGUUGGAGGGCAAUCCUUCUGCUGUGCCCAUUUUCGGGGUCUUCUGCAUUCGCUGGCGACGAGCCAAUUGCAAGGAGGAGAACGAGUCCAAGUUUGUGAUCCGUGGCUUAGACAUUGUAGAGCCGCCGCUGAACAUCUACUGCACCAUCGAGGAGAAGAUGUUUGUGAAAAUGCCCAUGGCCUUUAAGGUGGUGCUGAAGAACCCCACGACGCAUGUGCUCCACCUGAUAGCCAACCUAAGUAUCAGCAAAACGGAUAACUUUAUAUGCUCGGGUCACAAGCAGCUGGACAUAUCCAUAAUGGCCUACGAGGAAAAGGAGCUGGUCUACAACCUGUAUCCGCUGCAAGUGGGCUGGCAAGAAUUGCCAGUGCUGAGUCUGGAGUACAAUACCAAGGCCGAUCCGCAGAAGAAAGACAGCCAGAAUGCCUUGCUCGACGAAUUGGUGCAGCGUGCACUGCCCAAACGAGUCUUUGUGCUGCCACCUCUGAAGCAACAGAACAAGUAGGGAUGAUACUGAUAUAAUGCCGCUUUAGUUUAAGUGUUUUAAAGUUUACAAAUAUCACUGGUGUGUAAAAAUUAACUACGCCUACUCCCUCUUUAUUGCUAACAACAAACAUACAUACAUAAAUAGCUAUAUAUUUAGAGAGUUACAUAGCGUAAUACUUGAGAGUGUGUGUGAUUGUAUUGUAUAAUGUAUUGUUAAACGGGCCAAGACGCACUAGACAUUAUUGUUAGUUGAUUACGGCGUUUUGGAUAAGCAGUGCUAAGUCCUGGUCAGUACCGCAAGUUGCACAUAUUUUCGUACAUCCUUUGAACGUACAGUAAUAAAUAUAAAGCAUACAAAUAUCGUUGAAA